GGGGCGGGCCGGCGGCUGCGCGCUGUGCGGCGGGGCCGGGUGCACGCUGAGGAAGGAGCAGCGAGCGCGGAGCGGAACCCUCGGCCGCCGGCAGAAUGCCAGUACUAAGCUGUAGAUUCUACCAGCAUAAAUUUCCAGAGGUGGAAGAUGUAGUGAUGGUCAAUGUUCGGUCCAUCGCUGAAAUGGGGGCUUACGUCAGCCUGCUGGAGUACAACAACAUUGAAGGCAUGAUCCUCCUCAGCGAGCUGUCCAGAAGACGUAUUCGUUCGAUAAACAAACUCAUCCGCAUUGGAAGGAACGAAUGUGUUGUGGUCAUAAGAGUUGACAAAGAGAAAGGUUAUAUUGACUUGUCAAAACGAAGAGUUUCUCCAGAGGAGGCAAUCAAAUGUGAAGACAAAUUCACAAAAUCAAAGACUGUUUACAGCAUUCUUCGCCAUGUUGCUGAGGUCUUGGAGUACACUAAGGAUGAGCAGCUUGAGAGUCUGUUCCAGAGAACUGCCUGGGUAUUUGAUGACAAGUACAAAAGACCUGGAUAUGGUGCUUAUGAUGCAUUCAAGCAUGCAGUCUCGUAAGAACAUCUUUUCUAUUUCUAUGGG